AUGACUUCGACUGCCAGCCCCCAGUCCAACCCGGCGCCCAACUCCUCUGCUGCGACUUCGGCUCCUUCAUAUGCGUCCGCUGCCGGUGCGAACAAGAAGCAAGCCUCUACGCCGCUGAUUGCGACGGGAUCCAACCCACCUGUGGUGGUCGGUGGCUCCUCUGCGCAAAAUGCUAAGCCGUCUGCUCCGUCACCAGUAAAUGGACGUCCCCCCAUCACUCCUGCUGUGCCUGCUGCCCCAGCAGUCGCUCACGGCUCCUCGAACAUGAACGGAAACGCGGCUGAUCACAGCCGCAAGAGUUCCGUUACUCUUAGUGCCAACGGCCCCAACAGCUUCGCUCCUAACGGUGGCCCUGUCGGCGGCUCCAAGCCUGGCAUCCAGUUUGGCUACAACUCUCCUGCUGUUGCGCACAGCACUCCUCAGAGUACUGCUGCUCCUAUCCCUAUUCCCGGAACUAACCAGAGAGUGCCCUCUCCCGCGCACUCCCCAUCUCCUAUUCCCCAGCCCUCUGCUAGCGGUGGUCGUCCUCCCUCAGGCAUGGCUCCAUCUGGCGCGAUGACUUUUGGCAGUCUCGGAAGCGAUGGCGAUCGCCACAUGAGACAAGCCUCUACUCCUCAAUCCCAGGCCGCUCUGCCUGCGCAGCCUGGCUCGCACAUUAGACGGGAAUCGGGCGUUUCUCAGCACAGUGAUGUGGGCGGGCCUGCUGGCCCCAACCAACCCAACCGGCAAGGUUUCCAACCCCAGGGCGGCCGUGGCCGCGGCUUCAACCCGCACCAGCCUCCGUAUAACGCCAACAUGGGAUUCCCGCCGAACCAACAGUAUCGCAACGGUCAAGGCCGCGGCGGUAUGCCACCUGCCUUCCAUCCUGGGAGACCAAUGCAGCCCUACCCCAACUCGCCUCAGCCGACCCGAAGCCCUGCCCUGGCCCAGUCCCAGCCAGGAACUCCUAACAUGCCUCCGGCGCAGAUGCACCCGAUGCCUAUGGCCACUCCUCCCCAGUACCACUACCCGCCACCGAAUAUGGCCCCUCAACAAGUACAACACCCCUCUUUCUUUCAAGAUGUUUUUGUUUCGUCCCUUGGUCCGUCGUUGCAGAGCAAGAAGAAGAAUCUACGUCGUGAAUGUGACAAGUUGUCUCAUCACAAGCCGCGGCACGCGGAUUCCUUGCAGGAAACGCCGUUCGACGUUCAUAGACUUCGACACGACAGUAAGCGUGGAGAACGGAUCUGGAUAGUCGAUUAUGCGCGAUUUCCUGCAAGCAACAUGCCUCACAACCCAGACUAUCACUCGGCGCAGGGUGAAUUCAACUUCAUCGAACCGUCUCUGGUGAUGCCAGACGGACAUUUCCUUACACCUCCCCCAGUUCCUCCCAUCGAUCUUUCGCCUGAAAGCGGUAAUUUUGAGAGAUUGCUAACACACACAAAGCAGCAGUACGGCUACCCUCCCCCGCAGACCCAGUACGAUCAGUUCGGCAGGCCCAUCUACUACAACCAGAUGGGAUACAUGCCGUCCCCCCCCGGAGCGCCGCCGGCGUUCCAACCUGGCUUCGUGCCACCCCCUUACCAUCAGCCUGCACCGACUGCCAUGUCGCGCACUUCAUCGCACUCAGAGCGGCCGUCCUCUAGCACCGGUCAACCCAGCGCGCCUGUUGUCGUCUCUGGCACGCCUCAGCCCCAAAAUGCCCAGGCAAAGACACCCAUUGUGGCAUCAUCUGGCAACUUCGUUCGGCCCAAGAAGAGCGCUGCCAUUGUGAUCAAGAACGCUGCGGGCGAGGCUGUUGACUUCAAGAGCAUCAAGACUCCAUCUUCUCCUGCUCCUAGUAUCCAGCAGUCAAAGACUCCUCCUAUUGUGUCUUCGACCCCUACUCCCCCGCCCAAGUCAGCGACCCCGUCCCACGUUCGCAAUGACAGUCAGGCUACACCUAAAACCCGCCAGGAGAUCCAGGACGAGCUGAGAGCCAAGAUCCAGCAAGCCAAGGGUGGCGAGGACAAGGCGAAGGAAGAGGCUGAGGCUAAGGCAAAGGCUGUAGAGGAAGAGAAGAAGGCUGCCGAGGCCAAGGCAAAGGCUGAGGCUGACGAAAAGGCCAAGGAGGAGGCUCGCAAGGCUGAAGAAGAAGCUGCUGAAGCCAAGCGCAAGGCUGAUGAGGAAGAGAAAGCUAAAGCCCAAGCUGCCGCCGAGGCCGAGGCAAAGGCAAAGGCUGAAGCUGAGAAGUCCGCCCAGCCUGCUGCUCCUGUCGAGACCGAGGAAGAGGAGAUGGAGCGCAUGAUUCGCGAGAUGGAGGAGGAAGAUGCCCGCCGUGAGAAGGAGGCCGCUGAGUACAACGCCAAAAAGGCCAUCGAAAAGGAGGCUCAGAAGAAGGCCGAAGAGGAGAAGAAGAAGGUUAACGCCGCCGAUGAGGACCGUAAGCUCCGCGAGGCCGAGCGUGAGAUGGAGCGUCUCGAGGAAGAGAAGGAGAGGAAACGUGCCCAAGGCGGCUCCGCUCCCUCUGUAGCCGAGCUGCUUGCCACUAGCAAGGCUGGGGCUACUUCCGAAGGCGAACCCGCCAAGGUUGGCGAUGUUGCCGACAAGCUCUCUAACCUGAGCAUCGGCGACUCUAAGGCGUCUACCCCUACCGAAGCUUCUGCGCCCAAGGCUACCCCCACUGAGAAACGUGGACCUAAGCCAUCUCCCCUCAACUUGGCUCCUCUCAACACUAAGCCGGUUGAGCCGCCCCAGCCUAGCGCGGCUCUUCAGUCUUUGAAGUCUGCUCGUUUCUUGACUGUCAUGAACCAGGAUCUCUACCCUGCUGGCAUCAGCUCUCCCAACCCGGCUCUGAACGCUGCGGUUGCUAAGAAGGGCAAGACUUUCAAGUACGACGCUCAAUUCUUGCUUCAGUUCCAGAAGGUCUUCACCGAGCAACCUUCGAUGGAGUUCCACCAGCAAGUCAAAUCUUUGAUCGGGGACAAUGACGGCUCCCGAUCCGCCUCUACUCCUCGCGCUGGAUCUGGCCGUGGCAAUUCCCAGCGUGGCGGUGCUGCCAGUGUAAUGGGCAAGUUCGGUGCCCCUAGUGGUGGGCCCCCCAACCCCAACAUCAGAGGUACAACCUCUGCCGAGCGUUUUGCCAUGUCUAACGCUGCAAUGAGUGGAGGUGGUAUGGGCAACUUCCGUCCAGCCUUCCCUGUCGCUGGCCAGAUCCCAGGUCGUACACCGUCCAUGGGGCCCAACUCUCCCAGAACCCGUUCGGCCAGAGGUGGUGGUGGUAGCAGACGCAACGACUUCAACGCCAAGGAAGCACAGGCUGCUAAGACUAUGCCUCUUACGCAGGGCAUGGAAGUUAAGCCUAUCACGAUUUCCUCUACUGGCUGGAAGCCUACCAGUGUAGGCAAGAGCAGUUCCGCAAGCGGCGGCCCUAGCGCAGACCAUAUGGACCCCGAGAUGGUCCAGCGCAAGGUCAAGGCUGCUCUCAACAAGAUGACACCUGAGAAGUUCGACAAGAUUGCCGAUCAGAUUCUUGCCAUUGCUGGCCAGUCUAAGGACGAGUCUGAUGGCCGCACCCUUCGCCAGGUCAUCCAGCUUACUUUCGAGAAGGCUACUGACGAGUCUCACUGGGCUUCUAUGUACGCCAAAUUCUGCAAGCGUAUGCUUGACACGAUGAGCCCUGAGAUUCGCGACGAGAACAUCAAGGACAAGAACGGCGUUGUCGUCAGUGGAGGUGCCCUCUUCCGCAAGUACCUGCUCAACCGUUGCCAAGAAGAGUUUGAGCGUGGUUGGAAGGUUAACAUUCCCGAGCCGAAGGAAGGUGAAAAGGACAAGGCUCAAACAAUGGAGGCCGCCAUGCUCUCUGACGAGUAUUACAUCGCCGCUGCCGCUAAGCGACGUGGUCUGGGUCUUGUACAGUUCAUUGGUGAGCUGUACAAGCUUGGCAUGCUCACUGAACGUAUCAUGCACGAGUGUGUCCGCAAGUUGGUUGACUACGAGGGUGUACCCGAUGAGGCAGAGAUAGAGUCACUGUCUAAGCUGCUUAGAACCAUUGGUGGCAACCUUGACGCCUCUGAGAAGGGCAAGCAGUUGAUGAAUGUCUACUUUGACCGUAUCCAGCAUAUGGCCGAUAUGCCGGAACUCGCCAGCAGAAUGAAGUUCAUGCUCAUGGAUGUCAUUGAUCUUCGCAGAUCUGGAUGGUCGUCCAAGGAGGCCAACAAGGGCCCUAAGACACUUGAGGAGAUUCGUGCUGAGGCCGAGGCUGCUGCUUUGCAGAAGGCACAGGAGAACCAGCGCAGUGGCAGCCAGCGUGGCCCUGGUGGUCGUCCCAACCUUGGUCGUGGCGAUUCCCGCAACUUCUCGGCUGGUUAUAUGCAGGCCCAAUCCAACCAAGUUGGUAUGGACGACCUGCGUCGCCUGAAGGGCUCUACUGGCAGAACCGCCAGCGGUAACGUCACUCUUGGUCCCACGUCCAUGUUUGCCUCUCGCAGCAACAGCGGCCGCAGACUUGGACCUGGUGGCUCACUUGGCCGCCCUGGUGAAGAUUCUGGCGCCUCUUCUCGCACCGGAACUCCUCCUACCACCCAACACACCAACGCCUUCAGCGCACUUGCCAAUUUGGACAGCGAAAACCCAGCCUCUCCUCCCUCGACUGCUGCAUCGCCUGCUCUGUCCAAGGCCGUUCCUGACAGCUCUGCUGCCGGCGAAGACAAAUGA